AUGGUGAAGCGAGAUCAUGCAGAGAGAUUGCGGGUGAGGAUAGGUUUUGAAGGUUUGUUCUAUGUGGAUAGUGUGAGGAAUGGUGGGGGAUUGGCUUUGUUGUGGAGGAGGAAUAAUACAGCUACACUACUGGGCUAUUCGAAAAACCAUGUGGAUAUUGAGGUCCGUAUGUCAUCAGAAGAGACAUGGCGUAUGACGUGUUUCUAUGGCUUUCCUAAAAGUAGUCAAAGGAGAGAAUCAUGGGAGUUGCUUAAAUCUUUGGUGGGGAAAUCUCCCCUUCCGUGGGUUGUAAUAGGGGAUUUUAAUGAUCUCUUAUUCCAGCAUGAGAAAAGGGGAACCAAUCCACAUCCAGAUAACUUUCUCCGGGGUUUCAGUGAAGCUGUGGAUGACUGUGGAUUGCGUCAGUUACCUAUGAGGGGGUAUCAGUUCACAUGGGAAAAGUAUAGUGGAACAGAUCAAUGGCUUGAGGAGAGACUAGAUAAGGUACUGGCAACGAUGGAGUGGUGUGAUGUGCAUGGAGGGGCGGGGGUGGAGAAUAUAAUUACUAGUAACUCGGAUCAUUCGGCUCUAUUUCUUGAUAUGAAUGCACGAAAAAGGGGAGGAGGAAGGAUUCCUAGGAGGUUCAGGUUUGAGAUGGCAUGGCUGCUUGAUGAGGGGUGUAGAGAAGUGGUGGAAACUGCCUGGCAAGGGGGGAGGACAGAGGGGUUGUUGAAUUGUCAGCAACGAUGUGGGGAUAGGCUGAUGCGCUGGGGCGGUGACCAUUUUCAUAAGUUUGGUGAGCAUAUCCGGCGACUCCGCAGGGAGCAGGGGCGGAUCCGUGGUAGGAGGGAUCCGGCAUCUUUGGCUCAGUUCCAGUUGUUGAAUAACCAGAUCUCCCAGUUAGAAGCCCAGGAAGAUGUCUUUUGGAGGCAGAGAGCGAAGCAGCAUUGGCUUUGUGGCGCAGAUGCGAAUACGAAAUAUUAUCACAGGUAUGCUUCUGCUAGAAAGAAAAAGAAUUCUGUUUCUAAGCUGUUGAAUGAGAAUGGGGUAUGGGUGGAGGGACAGGAUAUGAAUAAUGUAGUAAUCAAUUAUUUCAAUACAAUUUUUGCUACUAGUAAUCCUGUGUGUGAGGAUUCUUUAUUUGAUGAGUUUGGGCCCCGUGUGACAACUGACCAGAAUGAGGCAUUGUUGUGUCCCUAUGAUGUGGCCGAGGUCAAAACUGCUUUAUUUGCCAUGUAUCCUGACAAGGCACCGGGACCGGAUGGGAUGAAUCCUGGAUUUUAUCAGCGGUUUUGGGAUAUAGUUGGAGAAGAUGUGUCUGCUUUUGCUGUUAAUUGUUUGAAUUCAGGUGAAAUCCCGGGUGAUUUAAAUGCAACUAAUAUUGUUUUGAUCCCGAAAAAGAAUGAUCCUACAACUGUGGCGGAUUUGAGGCCUAUUGCCAUGAGUAAUGUAUUGUACAGGAUUAUGGCAAAAAUGAUCGCCAACAGAUUGAAACCUAUGCUAGGGGAUCUGAUUUCAGAAUCUCAGAGUGCCUUCAUCCCAGGUAGGCUUAUAACGGAUAAUAUACUUGUGGCGGCAGAGGUGGGCCACUUUUUGAAUCGUAAACAGUGUGGAGUGGCUGGGUGGGGAACGCUUAAACUGGAUAUGGCGAAAGCCUAUGAUAGAAUGGAGUGGCCAUUCUUGAAAAGAAUGCUGGAAGUAAUGGGUUUUGAUGGAAGGUGGAUUAAGCUGAUAAUGACAUGUGUUACCACUGUAUCAUACACUGUGAUGGUCAAUGGCGUGAGUGGAGGCCAGGUGCAACCAACAAGGGGUCUCAGACAGGGAGAUCCACUUUCACCUUUCUUAUUUAUUAUUUGUGCUGAAGGUUUAUCCAUGCUUUUGCAGAAAGAGCAGGCAGAAGCUAUGGUGGUUAAGCGGUGUUUGGAGAGGUAUGGGGAAUUAUCUGGUCAGUUGGUAAACUAUAGUAAAUCUAAUAUAUGCUAUAGUAAGAAUACUGCGGAACAGAUGAAAGAAGAGGUGGCCGAAUGUUUGGGCGUGGAACAGGCAAGGAACUUUGGAAAAUAUCUGGGGUUACCCUCUUUUAUAGGGAGAAAUAAAAGGGCUGUUUUCUCUUAUAUAGAAGAAAAAAUCAGACAAAGAGUUUUCUCGUGGAACAAGAAAUUGUUAUCACAGGCUGGCAAAGAGGUACUUUUGAAAAGUGUGGCUCAGUCUAUGCCCACAUUUUCAAUGAGUGUUUUUUUGCUCCCUGAAUCAGUUUGCGAGUCGGUACAAAGGGCCAUGAAUAGGUAUUGGUGGGGGAAAGGGCCAGACAGAGGAAUCCACUGGAAAGCAUGGAACAAAUUGUGUAUCCCUAAAAAGUUUGGUGGAUUGGGGUUUAAAGAUCUGAGGAAUUUUAAUCUGGCAAUGUUGGGUAAACAGGCAUGGCGUUUCUUAACAAAUCCAGGAUCUCUGCCAGCACGAAUAUAUAAAGCAAGAUAUUUCCCUAAAACUUCUUUUGUUGAUGCAACGAUGGGAAAUAAUCCCAGUUUUUGUUGGCAAAGUAUUAUGGCUGCUCAUGAUUUUGUUGUUGCCCACGUCCGCAGGAGAAUUGGAAAUGGCCAGGAGACUUUGAUAUGGGGUCAUCCGUGGUUGCAGGAUAAUCCUAGUCCACUGGUUCAAACAGUAAUGCCUGAACCAUUAAGGGAUGCAGUUGUUGCAGGUUUAAUAGAUCAGCAAACAAAAACAUGGGACCCUCAUAUUUUAACAGAUUUAUUUGAGCCUGAGGAUGUGGAUCGUAUUUUGAGAAUACCUGUGAGCCCAGACUAUAAAGACACAUGGUAUUGGCAUAAUGAUGCGAAUGGUUGCUACACUGUAAAAGAUGCUUAUAGGCGUCUAAUGGGAGAAUUUAAUCACACAUUGGGAGAAUUUGAUAGAUGGAUUACAUUGUGGAAGUUGAAAGUCCCCCCUAAGUGGAAAACUUUUUUAUGGAGAGCAGUGUGUGAUAUACUCCCAACCACAGCAAAUUUGAUUAUAAAGAGGGUAGAUGUGAACCCAACAUGCAUGUUGUGUGGUCUUACAAAUGAGAAUGUUAUGCACUCAUUAGUUUUAUGUGAUUAUUCUAGAGCCGUGUGGAAUAUUUCGGGAUUGCCUAUUAUGAAUAUUUCUUCAACAUCUUUCCCGAACUGGCUUAUGACUGUUAUGGAUAUGCUCACAGGAGAACAGGUCAGACGCGUUGUGGGGGUCCUCUAUUUUUUAUGGAUGGCCAGAAACGAGGCGGUCUGGCAACAUGCGGUACGGAGGCCGGAGGUGGUGUGGCGCCGUGCAGCUGCGGGGGAGGCGAGCUACACGGCACUUCAUUCUCGUCCAGAAGCGGCACCGGCCGGCGAGGUGCAGACAGUGGCAGCCAGGCGGACGACGUGCUACGUCGACGCCGGAUACGAUCCGGGGACGGGAGAUGCAACCUAUGGGGCGGUCUUACUCGAUCCGAAUGGUUUGUUCAAAGCAGCGGCAAACGGAAAACUCCCGGGGUGUUUAACUCCUCUUAUGGCAGAAGCACUAGCAUGCAAGGAAGCCUUGUCCUGGCUUAAAGACCGAAACGAGAACGAGGUCGAUAUUCUUACAGAUUGUCUUGUCUUCAGGAAUGCGGUUCAUGCAGUAACUACACCGAACUUAUCUUAUGUUGGAAUUGUGAUUGAGCAGUGCAGGAUAGCUAUUAAUAGUUUCGUUUUUUGUUCGCUUAGUUUUAUUCCAAGAACUCUAAAUUUACAUGCGCAUACUCUUGCUAGAUUAGCCCAUGAUCAGGAUCAUUCUAUGUACUGGGAUUUAAUCCCUCCUGACUCUAUCAUUCAAUUUUUGAAUUAA